CGCGCUCUCACCAAAAUGGGUGGUUCUGUUUUCUUCGCUUCUCUUCCUCCUACCUCGACAAGGGUCCUGAUCCUCCGUCUCUCUGACCAUCAUGCAAUGGGACUUUACUGCAGGAAACAAUCCUCCACCUCUCCAUCGGUCGACUACUCCCAUUCCUCCCAUACGUAGACCAACUCCAGCGCCAACCGGUUAUGCAGUUUCUUCCCCGCCAUCGCACAGUAGCUUUGGUCCUCCAAGCUUUCCUGAUCCCUCUCAUAUGGUCCGCCUACCCCCGUCGUCGGCACCUUCGAUGACCCCCGCAUUUUUGGAUGUACCCGGACACGUCCCGACCGUGACUCGGGAAGGGCGCUCCCCCGAGCGUCGACAUCACCACCACCGCCACCAUAGUCAUAGCUCAAGUCGCCCCCUCCAUGAGCGACCGCAAAGUCAUGAACGGCACCACCCUCGAGUCCAUAGUGUCGAUUACGGGCGGUCACACAGUCAGGAUCGCCACCGAAGUCGUGAGCGCAGUCGUGAAUCUGACGGACAUCAUGCUCGGAAGCGUGAUGUCAGUAGAGAACAUCAUCACCAUACUCAGAAGCGGGAUGUCAGUAGAGAACAUCGCCACCAACACCAUGUCCAGCAUCAUAAGCGCGAACAACGACAUUCAACAUCAUCUGCGCGCGCUCCUCCCAAUUCGAAGGUUGUCCAGCAUUUGAAUAAUGGUCAUCUUCUUCAGGCGAUUGACGCGGCCGCUCAACUCAUUGAUACUCGCGGGAAUUCUCAUGACCAGCUCGCCCCGGUCAUCGCCCCGGUCAUCAAGCAUGUCAUCAAGCACUUAUGUAGACCCUGUCUCCAUCGUCAUUCUGAAAGCCAAGCAAUGGAAUUAUUCUAUCCUAGUCCCGAACACCCUGCUUACAACCCUAUUCCGUACCCUGCUCCUAAUUCGACUUUCCAGUACUCCAGGUGUACUGGUCGCAAGCGCGCCCUCUGUAUUGGCAUCAAUUAUACCGGCCAAGACAAGCCUUUGCGCGGGUGCAUAAAUGAUGCUAUUCAUGUCAGGGACUUUCUGAGGAAACAUCAUGGAUUCCCAACAGAUCAGAUCAUGGUUCUUAGAGACGACAGUAGCAACCCUCGCAAACAACCCACAAGGAGAAAUAUGUUGGCGGCCAUGCAGUGGCUGGUCGAAGGCGCCCAAAAGAAUGAUUCGCUGUUCUUCCACUAUUCUGGUCAUGGUGGUCAAACACCAGAUAAAGACGGGGAUGAAAUCGAUGGAUUUGAUGAAGUUAUCUAUCCCGUCGAUUAUAAGAAGCGUGGCCACAUAUUAGAUGAUGAGAUGCACAAGAUUAUGGUAAAGGCAAUACCCAGCGGAUGCCGCUUAACGGCUUUGUUCGAUUCUUGCCACUCGGGAACUGUCCUUGACCUUACCUACGUUUACACGCCUUCCGGACGGAAGAAAGGUGUCCAUGUGAGUAGUCGUGCAUUACAGCGAAUGGCUACGAGGGCGGACGUUAUUUCGUGGUCAGGCUGCAGAGAUGAUCAAACCAGUGCAGACACGUUCCAAGGCGGACAACCUGUCGGUGCUAUGAGCUACGCUAUCAUCAAUUCACUUAGGAAAAAUCCACAUCCAACCUAUCAAGGCUUGUUGCAGCACUUGAAAGCUCUUUUAUAUGAUCGGUUCAAUCAAACUCCUCAACUGGGGAGUUCCCAUCACAUUGACACCAACCUGCAAUUUGUGAUUUAGAAAUGUCUUCUAUCGCCGCACUUAAACUCGGACCCUAAUAACGAUAAACUUAUGCGUACUUACAUGUAAAUUGUAACAUGCACAGUGUUUCCGUAUGACUUGUACCAUGUACAACAGUGCUUUGUAGCCUUAUUUAUUCUAUUUGUUAUCGAGUACUUCAAGUUAUCGAACUGUUAGAUCAUGCA